CGUGCGAUCAAGCGGUCCAGUGGGUUUAUUAGCAUUAAUAAUUACGUUCAGCAUAUCUUCUAAUAUUCGGAUGACUAGCCUAUAAAACCGUCUGCUCCUUGUAACGCUUACCCGAAAGGCGAGAGACAUAAUACGAGUAUAUGCAGUACGCGCUUUAAGAGCGUUCGUAAUCUGCGGCAUCUCUUGCAAAAUAUGGGUUUUUGUUUUCUUCCCGAUAAUGCGCGGAAGCAACGUUUCACUGCCUCCAGACUGGAGAAAUAUGUUCAACGAGAAAUCUUGGCAACAGCGGAGCACCAAAUAAGCAGCGACGUCUUCUAUCCCGAUGACAUUAUUGGAGACAGUGGCGAUUUGGAUGGACGCCACAGUUUGCAUGCAGCAAUUAAAAGAACGGGUCUUCUCCUAGAGCAUAACUACUGGCCGAAUAACGGCAAGAACAUACCAUAUGGAAUUCGGAAUUUUGGUCAAAAUGAGCAGCGCCGAAUAGAAGAAGCACUGCGAUUCAUUGAAAGACGCACAUCGAACUGCAUAACCUUUAAAUACCGUGUUGAUGGAUCCAAUGAAUCGGAGUAUAUUGAAUUUACACCCACAAGAAGAGGAUGCCAAGCAGACGUGGGACGAAUACCCGGAUUUAUUACCAGAGUACACUUGAGUGCAGAUUGCUUCAGCUCAAUGGGAAUAAUCCUGCACGAAAUCCUCCACACUCUGGGCAUGUUUCACGAACAAAACCGACCAGAUCGCGACGAUCACGUGGAAAUCUUCCCGGAACACAUUAUGCCGAACAUGCAGAUAAAUUUCGAUAUCUUACCCAACAUGUCCGUGCACGGUACCAAGUACGAUAUCGAAUCGAUAAUGCACUAUGGACCUUUGGACUUCGCUAUCUCCCGGCAAAAAGCGACCAUAUUACCGAAACGUCACGCUCCACUGAUGGGUCAGCGCCGUAGUCUGACACAUCUCGACGUGGCAAAGCUGCAGAACGCCUACAAAUGUGCCUGGCCUGAUCCGGAUGGGACUCUGACAGAACCUACCAGUUCCACUGUAUCGUUCAGCAAGCCGUUUCAAAGUGGCAGUUCAAACAACACAACCGCUACUCUAACCGAUACACAAAAAGUUCUACCGAAUAGUGAGAGUGCUUUCGUAAUUCUAACCAAGGGCACCUCGUCAAAGGUCGUUUCGAAGCCAGGAUUUGGCAGUAAUUCCGUUAAAGCCCGUAAUGACUCGUAUACCCCAUAUUUGACGACGAGAGCAAAAGAAGCGAAAGCACGGCCUACUCCUACUUUGCGCGAAACUACAGAGGGAUCCGUUACAACGACCACCCAGCAUCACCACGGUAUUCGAGAGUGCACCAAUGCGGAAUACGAAUGCAACAAUCACAAGUGCAUUAAUAUGACCUAUGCCUGUGACGGAUAUAAUGACUGUGGUGACGAUAGCGAUGAAGCGUUUUGUCAAGAUUUUUUCAGGGAGCAUCUCACUUAUUCUGUCCUCAAACGGCGUCGGCGUCCUCUGAUUAGUACAGAAGCGGGUAAAUAUGAGCUUAGGGAGCAAGCUACACAUGAAUCAGUUUUAUUGGGCAGUCCUGUCACCAUAAAGUGUAUUCUUACGUGGGGCGACGUAAACGACAUCAAGUUUAUCUGGCGCUUUAAUGGAGAAGACAUCGUUCCAUCCGCAGAAAAGACCAUGCUCACCACCGGGACAGAUUAUCUACUGAAGAUCGCAGCUUUUCAGCUGACAGACCAGGGAGCUUAUACGUGCGAAUGGCGCCAUGCAGUGAACACGGACAUUCAUUGGCCGAGUGUUCGCUUGACAGUUCAUGAAAACAGUGACGAACGGUUUCCCCGAUUUUCCUCCGAAGCGAUUAGCGCCGAACAAUGCGCGCUACAAUUUACCGCCGAUAACGUAUGCCGCCCGUGGUACAAACAGUCCGAAUGCAGUCGGCGAGUCGAGGGUCUUGAUUUUAACUGCGGAUUGCCAGUUGCAGCGCAAACGCUAUUACGUCUAAGUGUGGCGUUAUCCGAACCUCCGUUGCGACCAGUGCGGCUCACUUUGUUCGAUGGAGACCAUGUGACCUUUAAUAAUUUCAUGGCAAUUCGAACGCAGGUUGUGAUUUUCUAUUUAAGUAAGUGCGCUUCCGACCGAACAACGAGUAAGCUGGCACAUUUGCGGUUCUCCAGUCUGCUGGACGUAUGGUUUGUUCGCUGCACCGAGUUAUUCAUUAGAAAAGCCGAUUUCAGCGAUUCUCGUCGGCUAAGAAUCAUCAUGUUUUCAAAUUCCACCAUCCGUUCGCUGGAGAAGAAUACUUUUACCGAUCUUCCGGAUUUGCGAUUGCUCUCGCUGGAGGCCUUUGCUGAUUUUUCGGCGGUUAACACUUUUAUUCGGCGAAAUCUUGAUUGCGUUAACCGUCUGCAUUGUGAGUGUUCGUUUCACUGGUUUCGUCAAUGGUGGCGCUAUAAUCCGCGGUUGCUGCGCAGGACGAAUCUUCACGAAGUGUACCUUAUUCCUGAGUCUUGGGGAAAUGGCGCUAUGCGCUCCGAGCAAAUUUAUUUGCCAGUGGAUUGCGCUGACCGCCCGUCUCCAUAUAACUCGUAUUCCGUCGAUUUCAGAGAAACAAUGUUCUCACGUAAUGAGCCGACUUGUGAGUAAAAGGUUGAUAAAGAUGAACCUCGAAAGGAAAAUAGCCGGUUUACAUUUUUCCUUACUUUUUUGUGGGUUAUAAAUGAAUGAGGAAACAGAUGAAAUCAAAA